UUCCGGUCUGGAGGCGUCCGCCCCGUCCCGCCCCUGCCGCCGCGGCCUCCCGCUCCCCGCCCCCGCCCAGCGCCAUGGCCGCUGCGGCCGGGGACGGCGGGGCGAAGCCACUGCAGAGCGCCAUGAAACUGGCCAACAAGGCCAUCGAGCUAGACACCGGCAACCGGCCCCGGGAAGCGUACGUGGAAUACCUGCGCAGCAUCCACUACAUCUCCCAGGUAUUGCUCGAAGACGUGGAAAACACUACAGAAGCUGGGGAAACUGUGCCCCCUGAGACCUCAAAGAUGCUAAAGCUGGCUGAACAGUGUCUGGAGCGGGCCCAGUCAACAGCUACCAAGCUUGGGAGAAUAUGCCUGAAGCCAGCCGUACCUGCGGCUCCUCCCACACCCUUGCCAACCAGCAGACACCGCCGAGUGUGUUCAGAUGAAGGGGGGAAGCUGUCUCCUUUCCUGCCCCCUGAGAUCUUCCAGAAGCUGCAGGUGGCAGAAUCACAAAACUCUAAGAAGGAGCUGACACCACUGGAGAAGGCCUCCCUACAAAACCAGAAGCUGAGGGCCACAUAUGAGGCCCGGAUGGCCCGUCUGGACCCCAGCCAGGCCAUGCAGAAGACAUCGCUGACCCUGUCUCUACAGCGGCAGAUGAUGGAGAAUCUGGUGAUCGCCAAAGCAAGAGAAGAGACACUGCAGCGGAAGAUGGAGGAGCGCCGCCUGCGCCUUCAGGAGGCUGCCAACAGCCUAUCUUCUUCCUCAGGAGGUUCUGCAGUCAAGUUGCUCUGACCCCAGAGGAGCGGGAGCAGCGAGCCCUCUAUGCUGCCAUCUUGGAGUAUGAGCAAGACCAUGACACCCCACACAGCCCUUGCAGGGCACCCCAUCGUGGAGAUCCGACCGUGCUUUCCUCCAAGGUCCUCUGUCCUGCAGGACUGGCCAAAACACUGGAGAGCCAAGCUCAAGCGGAGUCCAGGAGACCUGUCGCUAGUGACCAGCCUGCUCUCCCACUUGCUCAGCCUUCCUGAUCACCCAAUCUCCCAGCUCCUGAAGAAGCUGCAGUGUGCGGUAUACAGUGCGCUGUAUCCGAUUGUGAGCCGGGCUGCCACCAGUGCCGCGCCUGCCCCAGGCAGCUGCUCCCUGCCCCCAGAAGCCAACGGCCUCCUGGCCCCUGGGAGCCGUCGACUUCGGUCCUCCCAGAGCCUCUACUGCAUGCUUUCCCCCUCCGAGCCCAGUGCAGCCCCACGAGUGCUGGAUGGACCUCCUCCCACGCCCUCUGUCCCCACACUCCACUCAGGCCCCUUGGACAGAGAGGCAGACGGCAGCCCAGCAGGGCCCUCCUCACCCCUAGUAGAUGCUUUAUCCCACCUGCCAGACAAGGACAGCUCCUUUGAGGAUCUGGAACAGUUUUUGGCUAUGUCUGAGCCUCAGACCCCAGGAGCAAAGAGGGAACCCUUGUUGGAGUGUCUGAAGAGCACAGUCAAGGACAUUCACAAUGCCAUUGAUAGACUGCUCUCGCUGACCCUUUUGGCCUUCGAAAGCCUGAACACAGCCACCUCCAAAGACCGCUGCCUGGCCUGCAUCGAGGAGCCCUUCUUCUCCCCACUGUGGCCCCUGCUGCUGGCCCUCUACAGGAGUGUGCACCGUACCCGGGAGGCCGCUGUAAGCAGGAGCAUGGAGCUGUACAGGAACGCACCCCCUACAGCCCUAGGCAUCCCCACCAAGCUCCUCCCACGAGUUCCUGAGGCUCAAGCCUCCACCUACCCCUACUGCACUGCAGCCCAGGAGCUGGGGCUGCUGGUCUUGGAGAGCUGCCCUCAGAAGAAGCUCGAGUGCAUCGUGCGGACGCUGCGGGUCAUCUGCAUCUGUGCAGAAGACUACUGCCGUGCCCAAGAGGCCAGGCCUGAGGGUGAAUCCCAGCCCCCUGCCGCUGCCAUCGGUGCUGAUGACUUGCUGCCCAUCCUGUCCUUCGUGGUGCUGAGAAGCGGCCUCCCCCAGCUGGUGUCAGAGUGUGCGGCCCUGGAAGAGUUCACUCAUGAGGGGUACUUGAUUGGAGAAGAAGGGUAUUGUCUGACAUCACUGCAGAGCGCCCUGAGCUAUGUGGAACUUCUGUCCCGGGGACGGCUGGACAAGUAGUGGUGGCUGGACCUCACAGACCAAAGGAGCCACGGGACCUCCACGCUGCACUGCAUAUCUGGUGUGGGGACACUGAAGGCCAGCUUGCUGUGGUAGCACUCUAUAGCACUUGCUCACCUUCUUUACCAUGCAUCUGUCCUGGAGGCCUAGGACAGUGCCUCUUUAACAGGGCAUGGCUGGCUGAGUCAGGCCUGCCCCAGACCCCAUAGGAGAAAUCUAGCUGCCGUUCCCUGGGGAGCCUGCAGCACUGAUUGAUGGCUCUGACCUCUUCUCAUGGACACUAGGCAGCCCCCACUGGGGUAUCAGCACAGAAAUGGGUAUUGGGAACCUUGCCGGGCCAAUCUAGUUUUACAUGCCUCCAGUCUCCUGAGACAGCCCAAGUUUGUGUGAGCCAGUUUCUUGUUAGUCACAAGUGGGCUUUACCCUGCCCCCAGAGAACUGGGUGUAGGUAGUGUGAGGCUGUACUGUUUAUUUACCAGGUAGCAACUGCCCUGUUUGCUUUUGCUGGCCCGGGUGUCACUGCCCAGGCCUGGGUUAUGAGCCUUUCUCCUACCAAGGUCCAGGACAUCCUGCCCUGGGCUUAUCUUGGUUGGGGACAGUGAAAUAUGUUCAGGACACUGGCUAACAAAUACAGUUGUACAGACUCUUCAAUGUCAGAGUCUAGAGGUCAGCCCCUAGACUGUUAUAUGUCUCCAAGUGGCUACCAACUCAGCCUAAAAUAAAGAAGUCACUCUACCGAA